AUGGCCUCCCCAGGUCCCUUCCAGCCCUGCUUCUCUGCAAUUCUACGAUUCUGGGCUAGGGCAGCAUCUCUGUGGGGAAGCUGCCAUAGGACAAAAGCGCCAGUGGAGGGAAUGAUGUGGGAGCUCCCCAAAAAAGCCUGGACCCACGUGCUGGGAUUGUAGGGGCAAAAGCAGCUGGACUGUUAUGUGGGGGUUGGGGGGGCACACUCAUGGACCCUUUGAUGUUUGGGGGGGGGCACAGCCCUCCCCCUGGCAUCUCUUGAGCUUGUAUUGACAAUGUUUCAUAGAUGUGGGGCCUUGACUGUCCUGAUUCCCCUGCUUUACCUGUGGCAGGUUAGGUCUAUGUUGUGUCAGGGUUGAUGGUUGCUUUAUGUAGAGUUUAGAUUAUGGUUUGGAUAGGCUUGGGCAGGGGGUGGGAGGAGAUGACCUCUGGAGGUCCCUUCCAGCCCUGCUUCUCUGUGAUCCUAAGAACUCAAACUCCCCCUGCAAGUGCCAAGGGAAAGGGGCCAGGGAUGGGAUCCCCCUUAUUAAUCAGCGCUUCUGACAAAACCACAGUCAGUUACGGAGGAGUCUUUGAAUCUGUUUGGUGGUUGGAACUUUGACUCUUUACGAGCUCCUUCAGGAAACGUCUCACGCCAGGAGGAGGGAGAGAGGAGAGGCAGCUGUCCCGGAGAACACGUCCCAUUCAAGAGCUGCUGCCGGGCAUCAGCAAGGCGAAAGGAAGUUGCUGUAUGUGGACUUUUCAGACAAAAUGCUUUCUUUGAAGAAAUAUUUCACUGAAGGACUCAUCCAGUUCACCAUUCUACUGAGCUUGAUAGGAGUUCGUGUGGACGUGGACACCUACCUGAAUUCGCAGCUUCCCCCUCUGAGGGAAAUCAUUCUGGGUCAGAGCUCUGCUUACACUCAGACCCAGUUCCACAACCUGCGGAACACCUUGGACGGAUAUGGCAUCCAUCCAAAAAGCGUAGACCUGGACUAUUAUUUCACCGCUCGGAGGCUCCUCAAUCAAGUGAGGGCCCUGGACAGGUUUGAAGUGCCCACCACUGAAGUAAAUGCCUGGCUGGUACAUCGAGAUCCUGAGGGUUCUGUGUCCAGCACCCAGCCCAGCUCGGGCAUCACCCUAGAGAAUGGCAGUGGCUUGCAGGACGGGCCCAAUCCUGACAAUGGUGUAAGGGAGAACGGAGCCGAGCAGGGAUUUGGUGAAGAACUGGAAGACUUAGGAGCGGUGGCGCCUCCAGUGAAUGGAGACUUGACCAAAGAGGACAUCGAUUUGAUUGACAUCCUGUGGAGACAGGAUAUUGAUCUUGGCGCUGGGCGAGAGAUUUUUGACUACAGCCACCGUCAGAAGGAGAGCGAAGUGGACAAAGAGCUGAGUGAUGGGAGGGAGCGUGGGGACAGCUGGAGGAGCGGAGGGAAUGAGAUCUUGGAUAGAAAUGUACUAGUUGAUGGAGAAACCGGGGAGAGUUUCCCUGCACAGGUGCCUGGUGUGGAGGAUCAGACAGCUCUGUCCCUGGAAGAGUGCCUUAGACUUCUGGAGGCCACCUUCCCCUUUGGGGAGAACUCUGAGUUUCCACCUGCCGAUGCCUCCAGCCUAAACGAAGCUGUGCCUAGCGAGAGUGUGUCUUCAGUUAUCCAGAACGGCCUCCUGUCUCCUCUUCUGACGGAGACAGAGUCCCCAUUCGACCUGGAGCAACAGUGGCAGGACCUCAUGUCUAUAAUGGAAAUACAGGCUAUGGAAGUGAAUAACACAGCUGCUGAAACUCUGUACAACAGCACCAGUGGAGACCUGCUGACUGCUAACUACAGUCUUGCUCCAAACACUCCCAUCAAUCAGAAUGUCAGCCUGCAUCAGGCAUCUCUGGGUAGCUGCACACAGGACUUCUCUUCCCUCUUCAACUCAGAGAUUGAGAGCCCCUCCAUGGCUAGCAACUCAGCUCUGCUCCAGCUGGCUCCAGACAACUCUACUGGCCUCAACACUAGCUUUGGAUCUACCAACUUGAGUGGGAUCUUUUUUCCUUCACAGCUAAAUAGCACAGUCAAUGAAACAAGUGGUCCUGAGCUGCCGGAUCCAUUAGGGGGUCUUCUAGAUGAAGCCAUGCUUGAUGAGAUCAGUUUAAUGGACUUGGCUAUUGAGGAAGGUUUCAACCCAGUGCAAGCCUCUCAGCUGGAAGAAGAGUUUGAUUCUGACUCAGGGCUUUCUCUGGAUUCCAGCCAUAGCCCUGCUUCACUUAGUAGUUCAGAAGCCUCCUCCUCCUCCUCCUCUUCCUCCUCCUCUUCUUUUUCUGAGGAAGGAGCUGUAGGCUACAGCUCAGACUCUGAAAAUGUAGACUUUGAAGAAACAGAAGGGGCAGUUGGAUACCAGCCAGAGUACAGCAAGUUCUGCCGCAUGAGUUAUCAGGACCCAUCACAGCUACACUACUUGCCUUAUCUGGAGCAUGUUGGCCACAACCACACCUAUAACAUGGCACCUGGAGCUCUGGACCCUGAUGAGCCCAAACUGCCCAACACAGGGAAGAAAAGCAGUAAGGAGAAGCCAUCAGAGUUCCUGGAUAAGCAGAUGAGCCGGGAUGAGCAUCGAGCUCGAGCCAUGAAGAUCCCUUUCACCAAUGAUAAGAUCAUAAACCUGCCUGUGGAAGAGUUCAACGAACUUCUCUCCAAGUACCAGCUCAGUGAGGCACAGUUGAGCCUGAUUCGGGACAUCAGGAGGAGGGGCAAGAACAAGAUGGCUGCACAGAACUGCCGCAAGAGGAAACUGGACACCAUCCUGAACCUGGAACGGGAUGUGGAGGACUUGCAGAGGGACAAGUCCAAAUUGCUCAGGGAGAAGGUAGAAUUUCUCAAGUCCAUCCGCCAGAUGAAACAAAAGGUGCAGAACCUCUACCAGGAAGUGUUUGGGCGCCUGCGUGAUGAAAAUGGCCAGCCCUAUUCUCCAAACCAGUAUGCUCUACAGUAUGCCAGUGAUGGCAGUGUUAUCUUGAUACCUCGCACCUUGGCUGACCAGCAGGCCAGGAGGCAGGAGAGGAAACAGAAAGACAGGAGGAAGUGAGGCAAGGGGGAGGAGUGGGGAACUCUCUAAAGUUAGAAACUGGAGAAGGGCUGAGCCUGGAAGUACUUAGAGGAACUUUCAUGCCUUCUUAUCCAAUAUAUCUUCUCAAACAUGACUGCUGCCGGCCAGUGUACAGGAAGAGACUGCUGCACGUGGAGGGUGCAGGACCUGCACAUUGUGCUUCUGAUGGCUCCUCUUGGGGAGUGACUGGGGAGGAAUGAAUGGUGCACUGGGCAAGCCCAGCGCCCUCUACAACCUGGAAUCCUUUGAGCACAGGCAACAAGUUGGCAUCACUGGUGGUGAGAAUCAGCGGAGGAUGGAGCAACUGCUGUUAGGGACUGGCUUUAAGUAAGACGGGAUCUAAGUAAAUGAACUUUAAAAAACAAAAAGUUAUAGGAGAGACAUUUUUUUCCGAACUUCCAAAGUUCUGUGAUUUCAGGUAGUUGGGUUUUUUCCCCCCUUGAACCAGUUUUGACAUCAGUGUGAGAGAUUAAAUCUGACUUAAUUCCAGAUUAACCAACAUCCCUUCCUAGAUCAGACCAGUGCACACAUGGAAACACAAAAAGGUGUGAGACUUAUUAACUCUUUCCAGUUGAAAGUCUUAGUGGAGGGCUUGGGGUGGAGUUUAAUGGGAGACCCAUUAGGAUCUCUGGAGGAGCUUCUAAGCAUUGGCUAUCUUAUGGCUUUUAGGACUUCUGGAAUAGGUGGAACUGGAAAGGGUUAACAGAACCAAUGCAAUAAUGCAUCCCCCACCAAACUCACAAAGCAUGUCACUGCCGACGAGCCAGCACCUUGCUGGGACUCCGAGAUGCAUUAGAUGAGAUGGCACGCAGUAGCCUGCAUGCAAAUGCUGUCUUCUCCCGCUGACUGGCUGAGGAAUUGCUUUGGGUUAAAAGGGGAGGGGGUGGGCUGUGGUCUAAAGCUCCCCUGCAGCCAAUUCCUGGCUUAUCCGGGCAAGAGCUUUGGGGAACUGGCUGCUGGGUAGCCUGAGAUGUGCGUGGGGUUGGUGUGUGGCAAUUCUGGUCAGUAUACAACACAACUGGGGGAGCAGCUGGUUCCUACCCCAUGACGUGGGCUUGUCACUUAUAGAACUAGACAUGUUAGGAUUCCUGUUUAACUGCACUUUGAGUGUUUGGGCUUCAGCCCCAUUUUCCCUUUAGGGUCUAGAGUGUGUUGAGUAAAGGGAGAAGCCCCAAUGUUCAAAGCUGGUCAAUGUUCUCUUUGCCAUACAGACUCAGUGUAACUGUGUGAUCACAUUAUAGGAUUCUCUUCUGUCCCUAGGUGUUGGUCUCACUUCCUUUGUUUUAAGGAGGGGGGUGGGGGUAGUGCCUUGAUCACUGUUGGUCUUGGUCUCUAAGACCAAGACAAUCCUAGAAGCUGUAUUUACAGUAUAGCACAGCUGGGAGCGUACUGACUUAACCAGCAACUGAAAAGCUUAACAUGGCUUUCCUAGCCAGUCCUGUGCAUGUAAUAGCGGGUGGGAUGAGGGCAUAGCACUGAACAGAACAAUGCAUCCUAUGGAGGACCUGGCAGUGGCGAUUUCAGGGGAAGAGCCUUGUUGAGCAAAGCUCUGCUGUGCCUGGAGAAAUCUAACAUGGUAGUAGACACCUGUCAGAAAUGCAUGUUCCAGGCAUCCUAAAAGCAGUUGCAUCUCAGAAUACAUUAUGGCAAGACCUGUAGGGCACUUGGUUAGUGUAUCUUCUGUGCCAUGGUCUCAUGCUGGACAGUAUAAGAUGGACUAGCCAGAACCAAAUAGGUCUCUUCCAUCUCUACCUUCUGUGAUUCAAUGGCUUUGUUUUUAUGCAUGAGCUGAAGCACAAGAGAUGUGGUUGGGUGUGGGGAGGUUGGAAUGAAGCCCUGAGUGUAUGUUUUAAAUUAUUUUCCUCUUAGGAAUGUUUAUUUUAAUGAUCUGUGACCUGUCAGGGAAAGAAGAGAGAUUGUGUGAGCACAGGACAAAAAUAAAAUGGCUUAUUCACUGUACA